AUGCCGCCACACUCUGCCGACGCCCCAGCUAAGAAGCAAAGCAAGUGGUCCCCGGAGGAGGACGCACUGAUCAUCGAGCUUCGAGGCAGCGGUAUGAAAUGGGAGGACAUCUCGAAGAGACUGCCCGGCCGCAGUGCCAUUAGUUGCCGGCUGCACUACCAGAACUACCUCGAGAGACGGAGCGAGUGGGACGAGGACCGCAAGAACAAGCUGGCACGGCUGUACGAGAGAUUCAAGCCCGAGAUGUGGGCAAAGGUUGCCGAAGAGAUGCAAGUGCCCUGGCGGGCUGCGGAGGCAAUGCACUGGCAACUAGGGGAGUCGGACAUGGCUCGACGGGCCGGAGUGGUCCCCUUCUCUCUAACAGCCGCGACCAUGGAGGCGCCACUGCCUCAUCACUACCGAACUUCACCGUCACGCGGCCACCACCACUCUCAAUCCUACGGCGGCGCCUCGGCCCCGCGCUACGGACGCCUCGGCUCGGGACCGCCGACUCCCGGCGGGCUCUACACAAUCCCGGGGGGCAGACCGGCCCCUGCUCGACGAGAGGCCGUGGGACCCUAUGGCCCUGGGCCCGAGUCCGACGACGCGAUGUAUUAUACCCACACUGGGCCGGGCCUGGCGCCGAUCCAGGCCGGCGCACACGACCAGACGCCCGGCACCCUGCCGGGCGUGGCCGAGCUCACGACGGGGAUGAGCGCCUACAGCACGCCCGCGUACUCCAUGAGCAUUCCCAGCGCCAGUCCGAUCCACAGCCAGAGCAACAGCCCGGUGCCACCCUUCCCGGGUAUGGCCUAUCCGAGCUACGAGCCUGCCGGGGCCAAGAGGAGGGCGAGCCCGCCCGAGCAGGCCUACCGGGAGCCACGGCGACGGCACUACGACCCCCGCUACGAUGACGUGGGCGAGCCCUCCGUGUCUCGAUAUUGA